AUGGCGCCAGUUUUGGAUAGCUCAGCUAUUCCAGGCACCGUGACGUUGGUUGAUAUAGAGCAUGUGCUACAUACGCGCCAUCUGGACAGUGGCAAUGGGGACAUCGUGUUGAUCCCAGCCCCUUCACAAGACCCGGAUGACCCGCUGAACUGGAGUCACAAAAGGAAACUAUUAUCGACUGUCUGUGUGAGCGUAAGGGAUUGGCCUAGCUAUACUCUGUUCGCUGGUAUCGCCUGCUCGGUGGUGUACUCGGUGCUUACCCCUCUGUCGAAAGAGACUGGGUUAUCGGUUAGCACGCUCAAUGAAGGAACGGGGUACAUGUUUCUGUUGGCUGGAUGGGGCCUGCUAUUUUGGCAGCCCUUUGCUAUGCAAUUUGGCAAGCGUCUGACCUAUAUUCUGUCGCUGGCGGGUAUCCUGGGCACCACGAUGUGGGGACCAUAUGCAAACACUCAAGGCCAAUGGAUCGCCCGAAACGUCAUCUCGGGCUUCUUCACAGCACCCAUCGAAGCACUCCCUGAAAUCAGCGUGACUGACGUGUAUUUCACUCACGAACGGGGGACAUAUAUGGGUUUAUACGCCUUCUUCCUCGCUGGCAGCAACUACUUCGCCCCCGUGAUCUGCGGCUUCAUUGCCGAAUACCAAGGCUGGCGCUGGGUGUUCUACUGGCCCAGCAUCUUCAUCGGCUGCGCCAUGGUCUUUUUGUUCUUCUUCAUGGAAGAAACAAACUAUGUCCGCGAGGAUGUCGAAGACACCACCAUCGCCAACGUGCGACUCAGUUCGUCGAAGAGUUCGCACAGCGGUGAUCCCGAAAAGGCCGUUCCAGUAUCGGAUCCGCCUUCGCCGACCGAGGAAGGCACUAUUUAUACGAAGAAGUCGUAUGUCCAGAAACUUGCCCUUCUGGGACCGAAACAGAAACAGAAUACCAUGUUUCGGCGACUCUGGCAGACUCUUUACUACCUCUCGUGGCCUGUCAUUUUCUAUGCUGGGUUCUCGUACGGUUCAUACCUCGUUCUAUUCAACAUCCUGAAUGGAACCGCGUCGAUCAUUCUCGGCUCGGCACCCUAUAACUUUGGUUCAUCUAUGGUCGGUCUCAGCUAUGUUGCAUGUUGUCUGGGAGUAGCCAUGGGCUCCCUCUUCACCGGUCGCUUCAGCGACUGGCUUACCAUCAAACUAGCCCGCCGCAACGGCGGCGUGAUGGAAGCCGAACAUCGACUGUGGCCAUUCCUGGCUUGUCUCAUCCUCGUUCCGGGAUCACUGCUCCUGUGGGGCGUCGGUGCCGCACACGAGGUGCACUGGUUUGGUCUUAUCGUGGCCAUGUGCAUGCUGGCAUUCACCAAUACCUGCGGCAUCACCCUGAGCGUGAACUAUCUGGUCGACAGCUACCGGGAGCUUAGCGGUGUUGCGAUGGCGAGUGUGAUUCUCGUUCGGAAUACUAUGUCAUUUGCCAUCGGAUAUGGUAUCACACCGUGGAUCGAAAACAUGGGGUAUCAGAACUGCUUUAUCUCGGCUGCUUUUGUCGGUAUGGCCUGUGCAGCGGCGUUCCUGGUGAUGAUCAAGUUUGGCAAGUCUUGUCGGAUUCGUAGUCGGGAGAAGUACUGGGCUAUUGUCCAGGAGAAUUGGGAGAAGGGAAUGGGGCAUUAG